AUGAACACUCGCGAGAUAUUGACCGAUUCGAGCUUGAAUCGCAGCGGCAGCUCUACUUCUUCCUAUGUGUAUGUUUUUUUAAAGUUUUUCUUUCCUGAAAUUUGUUUUAAAUAUAGCACGGCUGAGAACGAUAGUUUUGGAAAUAUGUCUCCCAAUGAGAAAGCAACCAAGGAUCUUCGUGAUUCGGCUGACGAGGUUGGCUUCUUUGUGAAGUGAUAUAAUUUAGGUUUAAAUGAUUGAGGAGGAUCACAACUGCUUGGAAAAUAACUAUUAUGUCAAUGAUGAAAAUGGUACAUCUCAUUGCGAGUUUUUUGUCACGUCCGAAUUUCAGAAAUAUCUAUGCUCGAAGCAAAUUUAUCGAUAAUGUCCAUUUCGCCCAGAUCGGCGAAUUCGGUAAACCAAUUGAGCUUUUUUUUUUGGUUUUGACACUUUCUUAGAGAAGCGAGACGAAAAACAGAGAAACAUUGAAUAAAGCUCCUUCAUUAUUAGAAAUCGGUACGUUUCUAUGUGAUAUCAGUCAUUUAAACCAAUUUCUUUUUAGAAGAUGAAGAUCAGAAAAAGCUACUAGCUGAAUGCUAUCCUGAGUUAUUCGAUGCAACAAGAACCACCGCGGAGGAAAAGAAAGAAGAAAUGGCUAGAAGAAGUGUUUCACCUCCUGGAGACGACAGUUUCGAGAGAUGUUCGUUUUUUUCCGUUAAUUAAUGUUUAAUCUUUUUUGAAGUAGUUAAUGUGUCUAUCAAGUUUUCUUUUUCAUGAAAUCAUUUUCAGAUCUGGCUGUUCUUCGCACUCCGGCCAAAAAAACAGAGAAGAAGUGUGAGAGUCGGUUGGACGAGAAGUAGGAAACAUCAGAACUUCCCACGUAGUGCUAGGUUUGAGGUUCGUGGUAGACGACGACGAGGUGGAGUUCGAAGAUGACAGCGAAGAAAGUGACAACGAAGAGGACUACACGAGUUCCAGUGAGGAAGAAAGAGCCGUAAGAACCAAAACUCUGGAAUCGACGCGUUCAAAACGCAAGGUUACAUUUUUUAGCCAAGAAUACGUUUUAUUUUCGAACGUUCGAUUCUCCCAUUUUUAAAAUACUCUUUGACAGUAUGAUCACAAUAAUAAUUCUGAUUGCACGACUCUCGAAUUUUCAAAAACAGCUUUUUUGAAAAUUUAAUUCUAAUCGAUUCAAUCAGUAAAAUCAGAAAUGAACUACAUUAAAUUAAAUUUUUUUUUCCGAAGAGCUAUUUCUCCGUACAGCUCUAGCUCACAUUUAUGCUUCUUAUCUUCUUCGUACAAAAGGCAAUGAACGACUACUUUUUUUUUUUUUAGUUGGACGAAGAUGAACUGUUUCUGCAUUCAUUAUCUAAAGAGUCAACUUGUUCGAGGUUGCAAGAGCUGUCUUUUGAGAUAUAUAACUUCAUUUCUAAAGGCACCAAGAAGCGCUCGUCUUCGUGAAGAAUGGCAAAUUGAGAGGGGAAAAACUGCGGACGGCGUUAACUGCAAAGCUCGUCGAGAUAUUCAUUAGACGGUGUUUUAACAAGGUCUGAAUAGGAGUUCACUUGAAUGACCAAAGUUCGGGUACUAGACCCUGGAGACAGCGAUGCGCGUCAUCUGGAAUCCGAGACUGCGAAAAACGGCGGGCCUCUGCAAGAACCACCGCGACGGCAGCAGCACCAUCGAACUCUCGACCAAAGUUUGCGACACGGCAGGUCUUCGUCUGCAUCGAAACAUUGUUUUUGCCCUUACCGAUGAAGUUUCCAAGAUGAACAUCGCAGUUCUGGUUCAAACUUCUGUGCUAGGCAUUCCUUGGUGAGAGUACUCAAAAGCUAGAAGAGUUAUCUGCUGUACGCACUGAAAAAUAGGGUCGAAAUUUACGAAAACAAAAAAUGGAAAUUUUUUUUCUUCAGAUUUUUAUUUUUCAAGUAACUGCACUGAACGAUCUUAUCAAUGAGCAACACAAGAAGAAUUUUUUUGUCGAACAAACCCGAAAAAACAGGCUUUUCCUGUUUCAAGGCAGAUGAUGUUAAUUUCGUUUUGUCUUACCUAACCUUCCAGUUUUACCAACCUAGGACCAUCUACUACAGAAGUGGGGACCAAAUGUGCGAUUUUCACCUCAGAAACUUCUCUCCAAUAGAAAGUUACACCAAAGAUCUUCAUAGAUGAGCGACAGGCUACCAUUUGUUUUUAAUUGAAAAAGCUCAGAGGGUUCUCAGUUGUAACAAAACGAAAUAGUGUUCGCUUUUUCAGUCACGAGAAAAUAAGAAAAUAAUCAAUGACGAAUGUUUUUAAUGCUGAAUCCAAAAUUUGAAAUAAACCUAUUUUGAACUACUUCAGCUUAAUUUGUGUAUUUCAGAACGUGUGCGCGACACUUUAGUACACGAAAUGUGUCAUGCAGCCGUUUGGGUAGUAGAAAGGCGCUAUAGAGAGUGUCACGGUCCCGUGUGGAAGAAAUGGUCAGAGUUAGAUCUUUAUUGCCAGAGAUUCUGAAUCUGAAGAUAAGAUGGAAGUUUCAGGGCGUACACGUGCAUGAAGACCUUCAGAACUCUUCCCUUAAUUGAACGUUGCCACAACUACGAAAUCAGCGCAAAGUUUGUCUACGUAUGCGAAGGCUGUAAGCAAACGUGAGUCGCGCAUGUUUACUGCGCUCGAUUUCGGUUGUUUGAGAAUCAAAAGGCAGUCAAAAUCGCUGGACACGACCGCCAAGGUGUGCGGCAUCUGUGGAGGCCGUUUCGCGCUCUUCGUCAACGAUUCGCGCAAAGAGACGAAAGUCCUGGCGAGUGAGAGGACCGCCAGUGGAUUCGCCCUUUUUGUCCAGCAGAACUAUGCUUCUUUCAAAAAGAACGAAUUGAAACACGCCGAGGUAUUUUCUUGAUGAUGUUUUGUUCGAUUCUUGAUUUUCAGGUUAUGAAACUUCUGUCAGCUGAUUAUAAGAAAAAAACCGAGCAGGUCACCGUUUCUGAGUCACUUUGA